AUGAAACAUUUAGAAUCCUGCCAGAACAGUUGUAUUAGAAGGACCUUUGAUGAGUUUUCUCGAACUUUAGUAACACUAAUACUUCAGUUGGUUAAUCAAUCUACAAUGGCAGGCAGAGCGCUCCUCCUACAAGACCAAUUUCUUUUCUGUAUUAAUAAAUCACCUACCUAUUAA